UAUAUUUUUUUUUAUUUAAGUCAAUUAAAUUGCCUAAAAAUAUAUGCCGGUUAAACUGUAAUACUUAUUAAAAUACGGAGGGAGUAAUAUACCACACAUAUAUGGAAAUUGACAUGAAGUAUGUAUGUCCUAUUGUCCUACAUAGCCAACAAACACAUUCACUCAAUCACUAACAUAGUCAUCAAAGGGGUUUACCUCGAUCUAUUAUAUUUUUAACCUCACCCUCGAGACUAAAUAUUUAAUUUCCUUGUAGGUCAUUAAAACCUAUAUCGAUCGAUUUUUAACACUUUUACCUUUACACUAGUGUCCACAAUAUAUAUUAGUACCUAUAUAUCAAACAAUGUCUCUAGCCUUAGUCUUCAUAUCAGCAUAUCGCCAACUUGCAACACUACGGCCAACACUCUAUUACGCUGGAAUAUGGACAACAAUGUUGAUUUUAACGGUAGUGGUGGCAUCAUUCUCCCCGGAGCUAGCCUUCAUGGAGGCAAUAACCCGUUACUCGCCGUCGUGUGGUGGCGAUGGAUACGUGAGGAUCCCACUAGACAUGCCAGGUGAAAGAGUAUGCUUGCCUGCCCACAUGUUGAAGAGGUCUACGUUGGAUGUCUUCAUUCCCACUUUGUUCUCUGCUCUCAUUGUGGCUUCUUCUGCUUUGCUUCUUAGAUCUUUGGGCUUAUCCUAAAAUUGUAAACAACUUUAUUAAUUUUUUUGGGUUGGUAAAAGGUUGUAUUGUGUGAGUUGGGUGUUAGAAGAGUCAUGUCAUAUGCAAGGAAGGACAACAAUUGCAUUGUUAAAUUAAUAAUAUAUACUUUCUCUAAUUCUUUUUAAUUGACACGUUUUGACUUUGUCCACUUUUUGCAUAAUUUAUUGUAACUUAUUUUUGUGAAUUCAAAAUUAGUUUUAAGAAAAAACUUAGUUAUACGCGCUUUAUUAGAUUCGUAUCAAAAUCCACUUUUUAAAUAAUAUUUUUUUCUAACUUUUGCUAAUAUAUGUAAUACGGAGUAAAAGAUAUUACAUUUAAAAGUAUGCAUUAGUAAAUAUUUUAGUACUCCCUCCGAAUUUAAUUACUUAUUCCACUUUACAUUUUUUACUGUAUUAAAUUACU